AUGAGGUGCCCGCGUGGGUGGCUUCAUCGUGAUUGUUUUAAGUAGCAAAUUUAAUGAGCUACUCCACACUUUGUCUCAGUCGUAGUUGUAACUCGAAUAUUCGAUAGUGCUAGUGGUCCUCGUGUUGAACAAGAGCACGAAACCGCGCGCUUUCGUCUCCUCACAUCAAGGAGACGCGUCUGCACGACCCUAUUUCGACUUCGCUAAAAUAAAUGUCGGCAGCUGCAGCACUCUUUCGUGUGUGCGUUCUUGCUCGCGCUUUUUUUCUAGCCGAGUCUCUGCACGACCCGGCACGAGAAGCGGACCGCAGUACUUCGUUGUCCAAAACACGAGAGGCACCAAAAGGAUCGACACAAGCGGACACCGGAAACGCGCAUACCGCGCUAGCCGCAAAGAGCAUCGGUCAGGAGAUAAAUGGCCAAGGAUCGACAAGUGUGAUCGCUGAUGACGCAGUGGCAAUUGCCACAGUCCCAAUCCCGAUUGCAGCUCCUCCCCUGCCUUCGGCUCCAUCAGAGAACCUUACUCCAGCUGCAGCAAGAGCAACGUCGAAUCUAGUCAUUCCAGGUUCUAACGGUGCGAGUGGGACUACAUCUAUGGCACGGGGUUCCGUGGCGCCGAAGGUGAGGACGGAUCCGGAUGGUGUUGUGAAGACGAGCGACGCCGCCACGUCAGCACGGAACGAGAAUGACAAUAUCAAUACCCGCCGCCAGCGUUCAAGGCCAGAUGAUCGCGACCAUCGAGCCUUGGAGAAAUCCGAAACUCAACCACCUGUAAAAGUGACUGCUUCACUGCAGAGCGCUGGCGGUCCUGCUCCCUCGCCUUCACAGAACAAAGCGCAGCACGAGAAACGAUCAGACCAGGACGGCUCUCAUCCACCGCGCCCUGCGAGCGGAACGCGGACACAUCCUCCCGCCGAAGGUCAAAUCCGAACUUCGCGCGACAGUGGGGAAGGAGCCACGGUCUCUCACAUCCGCCAAAAGCAAAACCCAGCCGUUGCAGCAUUACCAAACAACAAACAGCAGAAUCGCGCAGGAGCGAAGGACAUCAACCACUCAUCGUCGUACCACCCGACCAAACCCCCUACUCAGCCACAAGUAGACCUCCACCAGCUUGAGUCCGAAGUGAUGGACCCGGAGGUGGAAGAAGCCAGGCACCUCACGACGGCAGCUCCGUUCCGAGCCUCUUCUGCUGGUACUAAAGAGAGCCCGCAGACUGACGCUCCAACCACGACGAAUCCAUGGACGAAAAUUACUACUUCGAGUAACAAUUACACCAGCGCGUCGUCCUACCUGGUCGAAGAAAUCGUCCAGCAGUCGUACACCAUGGAGGAUCAGUUGAACGCAAUCGCGUUUUCUCCGCACAACUUUGUCCUGAAGGGCAUUCUGCGCUUCUGCACGGCGGUUUUGCUGGUGUUUUUCCUGCUCGCGUGUCUGUCCUGCACGAUUUCGCAGUGCGGCCCGUGCUUCAAGCGCAACAAGUCUGCGGGACACAAGAUGCUCAAGGAAUUUUUCAAAACGCGGGCGGACCUUGAACGGGAGGCACGGCAGGCCAAGGCCAGGAGACGGGCGUCCGCGCUCCGGGCGUGGGACCGGUUGCUGCCGGGGGUGAUCGUCAAUCGCGACCACCCGGCCGAGGAUGAGGAUCAGGUGUUCGUCGCAUCGCUGCCAGCUGGGGAGCAGUCGGCGCUGAUCCAGGAUCUGAAUUUGAGUUUGGAUGUAUGAUAAAAAAAGUCGUGGAAAGAUUUUUAAGCGAAUCAAUUCGAGCUCGCCAACGACGAAUAAAAAAGAUCUACUUGAUUGUUUUUGUAACACUCGGAAAUCAGACCUACUAGCUACUACUCAGUAUGACUACCUUGUAUAAAAACCUCUUCACAUCAUGCACUCCUGUCACUCAUUGCAUGUACAAUUGCAGGAGAAACUGUAUCUGUAAUGAUGAAUGCCACGAAAGCAAUAUAGCGAAAUAAAACUUUUCCUUCUUCCCGGCUGUGCCUGAAACACUUUGUAAUCUUUCGUAUAGGCGUGCUCACGCCUGAAGAACAUUAAACGUCGUCCUUUGUAGUUAGAUUAGAGGGCUGCACGACAGACUAAGUAACCGAACCCACUGUCCACCCGACGUUUUGUAGAUGAAGACCAAGAACAAAAAAAAAGUAACUGUAACGUAGUUUGCAAUGAGAAUGAGUUCGUCGUCC